UGAGUCUGCUUGGUGUUGAGCAGCACCAUUCAUCCCUGGAAGAGGACACUCACUUUGAUGCUAUGGACUUUAAACCAGACAAGCUGUGAAUGCAGAUGAUCACAUUCACCAUAUUUGCACCUUUUUCUCAAUUUCAUCUCUUUCAAGGGCACUGAUCAUCUUUUGAGACUUAUCCACAUUGUCAUCAUGCUGCCAAUGCCCUCGGCGCACUGGCUUUUGCUCCUGUGGGGGCUGCACGGCCUUUGGGCACAGGACUUUAGAGGACACAAAGAAAAGGUGGUGACAUCCAGGAGGAACAACAGGCAAUACUCAUCCAAUUAUGUGCCCACUAAUGGCCAACCAUUUCCAGAUGAUGGCUGCAGUUUGGAAUUAGCCUUUUUGAUUGACAGCUCGGAGAGCGCCAAAGACAACCAUGCCCAGGAGAAGCGCUUUGCAUCUGACGUGACCGAGCUGCUACAGGGCCUCCGCUUGCAGAACGGCCGAAGCCUCAUCACCCGCUCUGCCCUCCUUCAGUACAGCAGCCAUGUCAUCAUAGAGCAGACCUUCAAUCAGUGGCAGGGUCCAGACAGCUUCAAGGCCCGCAUCACUCCCAUGACGUACAUUGGCCACGGCACCUACACCACCUAUGCCAUCACCAACCUCACACGCAUCUACCUGGAGGAGUCGCCUACCAGCAGCGUCAAGGUGGCCAUUCUGCUCUUUGACGGCAUCUCGCACCCGAGGAACCCAGACAUAUCAGCGGCCGUGGCUGAUGCAAAGAACCAAGGCAUUCACUUCUUCACCAUUGGCAUCACACCUGAAGCUAAGGAGUCCGCCAAUAUAGCCCAGCUGCGGCUAAUUGCUAGCUCACCAGCCUCUCGCUACCUACAUAACCUGCAGGAUCGAGGGAUUGUGGAAACAGUCAUCCAUGAAAUUAUAACACUGGCAGAUGAAGGGUGUCCCCUUGUGCAAAGUCUGUGUGCAUGCGAGAAGGGCGAGCGGGGAGCAAGCGGCCCUGCUGGCAAGAAGGGCCGUCCCGGAGAGGAUGGCAGCCCAGGACCAAAGGGACAGAAAGGUGAAAGUGGGCUCAGUGGACUUCCAGGUCAGGAAGGAUCAGAAGGCAAACCAGGAUACAAAGGAGAGAAGGGAGAGAGAGGAGAGUGUGGCACUCCUGGAAUAAAGGGAGACAGAGGACCUGAAGGGACCAUUGGCCCCAGAGGAAAUCGUGGACUUCAGGGUUCGCCCGGACCUCCUGGCGAUCUUGGACCUGAAGGUGUGAUUGGUAAAAAAGGGGAACGGGGACUUCCUGGUCCACCUGGCAUUCAAGGGGAAACAGGAAUUGGCCUCCCAGGACAAAAGGGCAAUGUCGGUCAUCAGGGGCAACCCGGGCCUCCAGGUCCAGUGGGCCUCGGCGAGCCUGGACCACCAGGGCCUCAAGGGCCACAGGGAAUCCAAGGAGAGAGGGGUCCCUUAGGAGAAGGACUCCCUGGCCCAAAGGGGGAGCGAGGCUUGGAGGGGCCCCGGGGGCCCAGAGGACUAGCGGGUAUUGGAAUGAAAGGAGACAAGGGGGAGUUUGGCCCUCCAGGUCCUGCAGGGCUUGUUGGCCUACCAGGUGUGGGCAUGCAGGGUGAGAAGGGCAUUGAAGGUCCGAGAGGGCCGCCAGGACUACGAGGCCCACCAGGAGAAGGCUUACCUGGACCCAAGGGAGACCAGGGGUUCCCGGGUGAGGUUGGCUCUCCGGGAGAGAAAGGAAGUGGAGAACCUGGAGAUAAGGGUGAGCCAGGCUCAACAGGAUUCUCAGGGGUACCAGGUCUGCCAGGGGAGGAUGGAGCGCCUGGACAAAAGGGCGAGCCAGGAGUUCCAGGCCUCAGGGGGCAAGAAGGGCCAUCUGGAAUUGGCAUCCAAGGCGAAAAGGGCGACCAAGGUCAAAGGGGAAUAAGAGGCUUGACCGGGCCACCUGGCAUUAGUGGCCCAUUAGGACCUAAGGGAGAACCGGGGGCACAAGGCAGGGUGGGUUUACCUGGUCCACCAGGACGUUUUGUCAUGGGACCCAAGGGUGACGUUGGGCCAAGCGGCCCUCCUGGUCCGAUUGGGGAGACUGGCUACGGGCUUCCUGGUCCAAAGGGUGACCGUGGAGAUCUGGGCCUGCCAGGUCCAUUCGGUCCGAAAGGAGAAGGCUAUCCUGGCCCCGUUGGACCUCCUGGUCUACCUGGGCUUCCAGGAGAACCUGGCCAAGAGGGCGUUGGAAUUCCUGGACCAAAGGGGGAUAUUGGUUUCCGAGGGUUGCCUGGUUUACCAGGACCUCCAGGUGAAGGCCUCCCAGGACCUCAGGGUCACCCAGGGCGACCUGGCCCCCUGGGACCAGUUGGACCACCAGGACUUGGAGUCCAAGGACCAAAGGGUGAGCAGGGGGUCCAGGGCGUGACAGGACCAAGGGGACCCCCCGGAGAAGGCUUUCCCGGAGCUAAAGGAGACCGUGGCACUGCAGGGGACAGGGGGCAGAAGGGCUUCAAGGGAGACAUGGGUGACCCAGGAAGUCCAGGGCAACCUGGUCGAUCUGGUGUGAAAGGGGAAGCAGGUCUCACAAGAGAGGACAUCAUACGACUGAUCAAAGAGAUCUGCGGGUGUGGGGUUAAGUGCAAGGAGAGGCCUAUGGAACUAGUGUUUGUCAUUGACAGCUCAGAGAGCGUGGGUCCAGAGAACUUUGAAAUCAUCAAAGACUUUGUCAACGCAUUGGUGGACCGAGUCACGGUGGGCCGCAAUGCCACCCGGAUCGGCCUAGUGCUGUAUAGCCUGGAGGUGAAGCUGGUGUUCAACCUGGCCCGCUAUGUGACCAAACAGGACAUCAAACAGGCUAUUAGGAACAUACCCUAUAUGGGGGAGGGUACCUACACAGGUACGGCUAUCCGCAAAGCUACCCAGGAGGCCUUCUACAGCUCACGCCUCGGGGUCAGCAAAGUGGCCAUCGUGAUUACUGAUGGACAGGCGGACAAAAGAGAGCCGGUGAAGGUCGACAUCGCUGUGCGUGAAGCUCACGCCGCCAAUAUCGAGAUGUUUGCCUUGGGCAUUGUCAACACUUCGGACCCAACGCAGGCAGAGUUUCUUCGAGAGCUCAAUCUGAUCGCAUCUGACCCCGACACUGAGCAUAUGUUCCUCAUUGAUGACUUCAACACCUUGCCAGCUCUGGAAUCCAAGUUGGUCAGUCAGUUCUGUGAGGACGAGAAUGGAGCCCUGAUAUAUAACAGAAUCACUAAUGGAAACAAUGGCCACAGCAACAGCAGGGAUGGGAACAAUGGGAGGUAUGCAGUAGGCGGCUAUGGGUACCAGCCUGCCACUGAAUGGGAACUCCCGAACUCCCGUCAGACCAACAGCCAGAACCCCAGUGGAAGAGGGGAGACAAGCCAACAUGACCAUAAAGGAUCCAGAACAGGACAGCAAGGAUACACUGAGACAACACAAUGGGGGACUGAGCGUGGAGACACUUUUAACCGUGGCGAGUUCCAGCCUAUUCCGUCUCACAGAGAACAGUCUGUGCCAUCUUCUACUGUUAAUGUAACAACAUCACCUGUGCAGCCAAGGCCAUCUCUUCCAAAAGAGAUUGCACCCUUGGACCCUCGCUGCGCCUUGGCCCUAGAUCCGGGCUCAUGCCGCGACUAUAGCAUCCACUGGUACUAUGACAAGCAGGCCAACGCCUGUGCUCAGUUCUGGUUCGGAGGCUGCAGCGGCAACAAAAACCGUUUCGACACAGAAGAAGAGUGCAAGACGACUUGUGUGCUAACCACAUCUAAGGGAAGCUGAGUGAAGGCAUCUACUACAUGCUAGAUUCUGGUUUUGCUUCAGAAUCUACAAUUCUUCAUCGCUCCUAUUCAGGAACAGAGGCUGUGUAUUUCCUCUCCCCAUGGGAACUGAACUUUUUUUUUCAUACAGUCUCUGAGUGACGCUGCAAAUGAGUGCGUUUACUAAGCUUCAACCAGCAGCACACUGCCGAAAUGUCCAUUUUGUCAGUAAAUACAAAUUGAUGUUUAAAUUGCUGAUUAACUUUAUGCAUUUCAGUUUCAGUACUGUUUUAUCAUACCUGUAAUUACCCGCCACAUUGGGUACACCAACACAAUUGAAUGAAAUCCAAUUCAAGAGCUGAAUCAAAACACACUAAAUAGAGUAGUAAAUACCUUUGUAAAGGCAGUGUUUUAUUGUGGUAGUAUAAUUGAUUGCGGUGCAGUUCUUUUGACACACACAAUGCAUUGACUGCCCCCUGCUGGGACAUUCACAGCCAUGUCAAGGGGUCAGGGAUGUAGUAAAAGUAGUUUAACUUCGAAUAGCCAGCUUAAUUUUGAGAAGCCGCGUGUGUACAUGCUGCUUUUCAGUGCACUAUGAACACCUCGUGAGAAACAUCCGGUGCUUUUAAUAAACAUGAACUG